AUGGGGACAACUCCAUCUUCCCCCUUGGAUUUAACCCUUGCUCACUGGCAGGACGUGCAAGACACGGCGAACAACAACAGUGUGAAUGUCAGGAAGCGUAAGUGGGUGAGAUUUUGCUCUGCAGAGUGGCCAACUCUUAAUGUUGGCUGGCCGGCGGAGGGCACGUUUGAUCUGGCCAUUAUCCAGAAAGUAGAGGAAAUAGUUUUUAGACCCCGUUCGGGAUACCCGGACCAGAUUCCAUAUGUAGUUACCUGGCGAGGCCUGAUUGAUCGGCUUGAAGGUCCCCUGCCAUGGGUCAAACCUUUCCUCCCUGCUAGGAAAGCCAAACAGACAGGUGGCAUGCCUGAGGUCCUGCAGGGAGGGACUGAUGAAACUGAACUUUUCCCUCCACCAUACUCCCUUAAGGCACAACCGACGGUGCAGCCGACAGCGCCACCACCAGAGCCAGCUUUGGCCCCACAACCCCCACGGGGUCCCGCACAGGCAACGAGAAGCCGCCGAGGGGCGAUUCCUCAACCUGACACCACAGUUGCCCUCCCUCUGAGGCCGGCGGGACCCCCAGAUGAGGACGGGAAUCAGCCCUUCCAUUACUGGCCAUUUGCCACUAGUGAUCUCUAUAAUUGGAAGGCACAGAAUGCCCCUUUCUCUAAAGACCCCCAAGACUUAAUUAACCUUUUAGAGACUGUUCUUUUCACGCACCAGCCCACCUUUGACGAUUGCCAGCAACUCCUGGGCAUCCUCUUCACCAUUGAAGAGAGUGGACGGAUCCUGGAACACCCCCGAAAGCUUGUCCCCAGGCCAACUGGAGACCCCCUGACUGAUCCGGCUGUUAUAACUGCUGCUUUCCCUUCUACCCGCCCCAACUGGGACUAUAACACGGCGGAAGGUAAGGAGAGUCUCCGAGUUUAUCGCCAGGCUCUGUUGGCGGGUCUCAAAGCAGCGGCACGAAAGCCGACAAAUAUGGCCAAAGUCUAUGAUAUAAGACAGGGAGUGGACGAGAGUCCGGCUGCCUAUUUAGAAAGGUUAAUGACCGCCUUUAAACAAUACACCCCGUAUGAUCCUGAGUCCCCGAUGACAACACAGGCAGUCAUACUAGCCUACAUAAACCAGGCAGCACCAGAUAUUAGAAAAAAGUUGCAGUCAUUAGACAGACUAGGAGAAAGAAACCUCAGGGAGCUAGUAGCGGUGGCGGAAAAGGUAUAACCAGAGGAGCAGAAGGAAGAAAGGAAAGAGAAACAAAGACAACAAAGAGAGGAUAGACGAGAUAUGAUGCAGGAAAGGAAUCUAACUAAACUGUUAGCACAACAGCAGCACAAUUGGAGAGAGUCCUCCGGAACGCCCCGACCCAAGCCAAAACCCAAGGUAGGAAGAAACCAAUGUGCGUAUUGCAGGGAAGAAGGACACUGGGUCAGGAAUUGCCCCAAGAAGAAAAAGGUACCGCAUGUCCCAACCCUAGCAACCACUCUGGAAGAAGAAAGUGUAGGGGGACGGGGCUCAGCACCCCUCCCUGAGCGGGUAACCUUAAAGGUGGAGGGGAAGCCAAUCCAAUUUAUGGUAGACACAGGAGCUGAGAGUUCGGUCCUCCUGGCCCCUGCCGGACCCCUGUCCUCAAAACGAACCUGGGUACAGGGAGCCACAGGAACUAAGUCAUAUUCAUGGACUACUCAAAGAACUGUGGGCUUAGGCAUGGGGAAAGUAACCCAUUCCUUCCUGGUGAUACCAGAAUGCCCAUAUCCCUUGCUUGGGAGAGAUCUCCUGUCUAAAAUGAGAGCUCAAAUUCAUUUCUCAGACGAGGGAGCUUGGUCUUGGUAUCUGUAUGACAUUGUCGGCAACUGUCCUUUCUUCAGUGUGACUGUCAGUCCUACUAUCGAGAUUAGUGAGUCUUAUAACAUUAAGCAAUAA